UUGGUCCUGAUCUCUCGAAGUAUUGUUCCCGAAAGACACCCUUGCAUACCGGCUCCGGAAUCACUAGCUUGCGGCGAUGGCGGCGACUGUUGUGAAAACGAAACAUUUGUUGGUCAGGCAUGCAAAGCGAGAUAGGCGAUUCUCGAGUGCAUUCACGCUGAAGAAGAAGCUGGAAAUACCCAAAGGAAAGAUGAGCGACGGUGAUCAAUCUGAUGAGCCCGACGAGCACGGUCCACUCUGGGUGCCGCACCCGAGAACGGGGAUAUACUUCCCGAGAGGUCACGAGCGGGUGGUGGACGACAUUCCGGAGGGCGCAGCUUCUUUCUCUCAGGCUUUCUGGCUCAGGGGUGUCGAAGGAGUGGACCGACCCGAUCCGGAUGAACAGGCUUAUCACGGGUUUCCUUCCUCCGAGUGAACAAAUGGUGCGAAUUUGAGCUGCUGAAGCUGGAGCGGUUCCAUAGAAUCUCGAAGCUAGACUAUAUACACAUUGUAAUGAAUCCAACAAACCCUGUGAAUUCGCUUGGCGACUCAUGUUGGGUACUGCUUUUCAUCCAAUAAAACAUCUUGCAUGGUAGUGACAUCUA